GUUGUAAUGCAGUCUUUUUUCUUAAAACUGUCUUCGUUUUUAAAUUAAUAUUGGAAUAUAUUUAUUUCAAAUAUAUUUAUUACAGAAUUCAAAAUUCUACUUUUUGUGGUGUGAGUUAAGGAUUUCAUUUGAAAUUAGAAAUACCUAUAUAAGUGGAAUGUUCUGUUUUGCAAUUUACAGAUCGUAAUUAUUAGUGAUUGGCUUAUUUAAGUACAUUAAAAGUUUCAAUUGUGAAAUUCUAAAUGCAAUAGUAACGUACAAAACAAAGUUUAAAUAAUCUUCUGACUCUGUUAGAAAGAUCCUUCUUGACUCCUUUAGUUUUAAUUAGGAGACUCGGAAGAGAAGUGAAAUUAUGUCUCUGACUAUGACCAAAAAAGUGAUAGAAUGCCAAGCAGAAACUGUGCAAUUUAUGCCAAUAGAAAAAGUAGAAAAUGAAUGUAACACAGAGACUUAUAGUUCCGGCAGCACCCUCCUCAAACGUGGCAAGAAAUUGGAAGACAACAAUAACUUGACCAAAGAUGAUUUGGAAUAUAUUAACUAUAGACAGUUGUUAAAGUAUGAGGAGGCACCAGAAUAUUUGCAACAUAAUCCUUACAUAAGAGAUGGGUAUCGGAAAUUGUUGCCAACAAAAUUAUGCUGGGAGAGUGUAUUCUGGUGGACAAAUGAAACUAUGAACAUAUGGACCCACGUAUUCGGGUUCCUCCUAAUCAUGUUUCUGACAAUCAAUGAUCUCUUACUUAUAAAUAUUCACGCCACAGUUACGGACAAAGUCGUGGCAGCUAUAUUGUUUUCUUGCUUUUUGAUAUGUAUGGCACUUUCGGCAUUGUACCACACAUUCUCUUGCCGCUCGGAGACUGACUAUAACACUUUCUUGAUGUACGACUUAUUUGGAAUAGCGCUUUCAUUGCUGGCCAUAUAUACAUCCGGAGUAUACUACGCGUUUUGGUGUAAUUACGAGCUGAAAAUGUUCUACAUGACGUCAGUGACGGUGAUAUUCGCCGUUGCGAUGGCACUGCAAAUACCCAGGCUGAAUGUGCCGUAUCUGGUGAAGAUGUGCGUGUUCAUCGGAUGGGCUGCGUACGGUGUGCUGCCCACGCUGCACUGGACCUACACCAUGGGUGGUUUUGAUAAUCCUAUGGUUCAGAUAUUCUUCCCAAGAGUUAUAGGAAUGUACAUAAUUAGUGGGACUGCAUUCACAAUAUAUGCAUUUAAGAUCCCAGAAGUUUGGUUCCCUGGUAAAGUGGACUACAUCGGCCACUCUCACCAGUGGUGGCACAUUUUAGUACUCGGUGCUCUUUACUACUGGCAUAACACUGCGAUGAUGUACGUUCAGUACAGAAUGAACCACGGCUGCGCGAAUACCAUGAGGAUAUUUUAGUUCAAGUAUUAUAUAAGUUAGCUAGUUAUAAUUUUAUAAAUAUGAUUAUUAUUAAUAGGGUAUUGUUUUUCAUGGACUUAAUAAAAUAGAAGUAGUGUUUUUAUCUAUUUUGAAUUAAAAAUAACCCUUGUGAUAACUGUCCAUUAUAAUAUUUAAGCCAAUAUGUAGCUUGACGAUUUUUUAUCUAAAAUAUUAUAUAGGUGUAACACCUUGUCAUAAGGAUUU